GCGUAGAAAAAUAUACAAUUUAACUGACAGGAGGACCAGCUCCCUCUGUCUCAUUUCAAAUAGUCAGUCGUUCAAUAACGCUCGAUCAGAUCAGUUGUGGCGGAAAUUCUUGUGGCAAUUUCUUUCCUUUUAUGUCAAUUAUUAUAAAGUUAAAAGUGAAAUAUAAAUGUAAUUAAAUGGUGAAGGGAAAAAUUGAGCGUUUUUAGUGUCGUGCUGUGUCCACUGGAAGAGGAAUCUGGGCUCUUGCAUCCGGGGAAAAUUUUUGAUCCUCCGGACCCGGAUGUACAUUUAAUCCUCUCAAUAUCAUUCCAGGUUGGACAAAGACAUUCAUUCACUCACGCACGCAUCUCAAUCACUCACCAUUCUUUCUCUGUUUCAUGCACACAACAUAAAGGUUGGACACACUCAAUCACGCACGCAUUCUCACAGCAUUUACUCACCAUUCAUUUCUUUCUUUCAUACUUACAACGCAAAGGUAACAUAACGCCUUAACAUUUGGACCAUCGAGCCUUUGAGCCCCUUUGGAGACGACACUUGGUGGCCAUCUCGCUUCAACUCGUUCAUCUUUGCAUUGAGGGGAAGCUCCAUUACUACCGCUUGCAUUGUGUUAAACAGCGGGAAGUUCUUCAAUACAGUCCACGUAGCUUACCAGUGCUCUACCAAGCCAUCAACGACCUUCGCUGUGUAUUAACGGGAGGUCAUACUGUAGUCCAUCUUGUCGGUGAGAUAAUCUGCAAGCAAAUUCCCCGUGAUUGCCAUCAAUUGGAUCACCAGAAAUAAUUUGCUGCAUGACGGAAAUUUGUGCUCAUUUGCAAUGGAGCCCAUGUCUUUGCGUGCUUUCUGUAAGAAGCAGCUCAAUGAUGUACAACAUGCUCUCACAACAUAUGUCCUGGACCCAUCUGUGUUGAGGGAUCCAGACUCUCGCAAUGUUCUUCAGAGUUUUCAAGAAGAAGUGGACAGAGUUGAAGGCAAAUACACUGAAGUACAAUCUCAUUUUAUUUCAGUAGCCUCUUCCACAACUAAAUACACGGAAGAACUCGCAUUGUCCACAUUCCUUGAGAGAUGCACUCAAGCCCACUUCUCAAUCUCGAAGUUACUCGCACAAGUUAACUUGCGAAGGGACACCACAUCACAUGCCACCAGGAAGUCUUCCUAUCCAGUGAAAGCUAAAUCUUCAUUGAUGACACAACUGCUCCACCUCAGGUUGAAAAAGCAACGAGCGCAACGUUCAGCAGAUCUGCAUCGACAAGAAUCCAUAUCUCAACACACUGAAGAUCUUCUGUCUCUCGUCCAGCCCUCAUGUGGUCAGCGAUUAUCUUCAGAACCAUCUGUAACACAGAAAUCUAGUUGUACAGCCAAUUUAUGUAAGUCACAAGAAUUUUCCACUAUGCCACUAACCUAUGUUGCCCAUGCUCAAUCUGAUCAAAUUAACGAUGAGUUAGAAGACAUUCAAUCCUCCCGUGAAGCUUUCCCAGCUCACGAUGAAGUUCAAUUGUGCCACAUUGCAUCUCAGUCAUUCGAUUGUUCGGAAUCUCUCGCCCACUGUCUGCCAUCAGGCUCAAAGUCCACGAAUGACACAUGUUUAUGCCACAUUUAUUCAUCGGGAGCCCAAUUUGAUGCCGUAGAUUUAUGCUCGUCGUGCACUGCAUGCAAUUCUCUCACCCAUGCUGCUUUGCACGAAGCCCAUUGUCCAAUUUUCACGGAUUCACGGAACCCAGGAUUGACUCUUCUCUCUCCACACUUAUCUACGGAUGAAUCACUUUCCUUGUCUUCAAAUUGUCGCCCAGAAGAUGAGAGAGAUUCUGCGAUUGUGUUUGCUGAGACACCUCCGGGACUCAUGUACCCAGCCAGUGAAAUUCAUGUGUCUCGUGUCACUCGUGCUGCAGACCCGCAACUGGACUAUGUCGCCACUAAUUUGCACAAUGGGAUUUGUAACACGGUGUCCUCCACGAAUUUCCAAGGCACCAAAUAUGAUCCAGCAUGGUUUGCUGCUCAUAACCACAACUGUCAACGCAACAACAACAAUGCAAUCCUAGUAGACUUUCUCAAAUGCUCGCAUUUUUGGCUCAACGCCGAAGAGCAAUCAAUUUGCUCGACAUGGUUUAUGUUUUUGGAUUCUAUGACGCCCCAUGAGCAUCUGAAUCAAUUUCCUUUUCUUCCCACACAAUUUAUUUAUGGAACAAUAACGGGACUUUCAGUAGUUGGUAACCAUUUUGCCGCAAGAAAGCAUAAGGAAGGAGAUGAUUCGUUUCCAAUAGACGUCAACCAAAUUCUCAACGAGUUUCAAGUUUGUUAUUUCGCGGUCGCGAAUAACAGAACCAGCACAGCGACACCAUUGUCCAUUCUGUGCAAAAUUUGUGUUUACCACGACCAUACAGUCAAUCUGUUCAAUAUUAUACGCCAAGAUUCAGCAGCUUUUGGAUUGAAACUUCAUCAACAAUUCAUCCGACUGAUGUGCUUAUUGAAUCGUCAAUUAGAGGAGUGCAAAUCUUCAGGUGAGGUGUCUCCGGAUCUCAUGAAUCCCACCGGCCUUGGAUUCUUGCAUUAUUCUACAUAUUCGUGCAACAAUUCUGUCAUCAGACUUCGCACUUGCAACUACAGAGCCCCAAUUUCGUGUCAGACACUCAUAACUCUCUACCAACUGGAUCAGGACGAAGGAUUGUUUGUCUCAUUGACCUCCACAAAUGUCCUGUUGAGAUGCUCUAUGGAUCUGCCACAUCAAUCACUUGCAUUUGGGAGUUCUGUGUUGGGAUGUCAAGACACUAUCUGGAAGAGAACAAUCAACCAAUAUUCUUCCGCAUUUGAAAAACUUCCUGAUUGGGUCAGUUUUUUCCCAUGGGAUCCAAUUAAGAAGAUUCUACCUUGCAAGUUCGACAGUACUUCUGGAUGCAAGGUCAGCAUCGGCUUGGUUAUCAAGGACUCUGAAGGCCCACGAUCUUCGAGGAUGUUACUCUUGAAACUCAGGAUUUCCUCAGGCAAUGCUCAUGACUUGUUUGAGAAGAUGUUUGAUCUCAGUCUGACAGAUGCUGCGACAAGUUCAGUGGAAUUUUCGGACUGGAUGUUACUGAAGGGAGAUUCUGCCUUAUCUUACGUGAUUCAUUCUCGGAACUUAUUUCUGCUGCUGGUAGCAUUACUGGAGUCAUGUGAAACAUCGAGGAAUGAAUCAACCAUUUACAAACCAUUUGACUUGUGUUUACAUGAAGCAUCUUCCCUUCUCUUUGACGAUGAUGUUCUGUGGCACCAAAUUCUUAAAGUCAAAUACUUUAAAAUUUCUCAAUCCAUCAACAAUCAAGGACGUGUGUCUCUCAAUUUAGAUGUCAAUGGCUGUGUGCUCCCGCAGGAUUCCAGGACCAGCAAUCCUAAAGCUCAUCACACUGAUGCAUUCUCAAAUUCAGCGUCAAUUUCAUGGAAAUUUCACAUGGGAGAUUUGAUUUAUCGGAUCAUUCUUGUGGCACACACUUUCAUGCUGCAUCUUGAAUACAUCUGCAUGCUCGUCUUGAUGCUUGAACUUACACACCAAGGUUCAAUCGAAGGUCUCAGCCAUCAUUGGAUCAACCAACCAUCAAGCAUCGCUGGAAGAGGAAGGAGUCUUCGCAGUGGACGGAAGCAGACAGUGGCAAGGGCAAUUGAGAGAUGGUAA